CCUCCCGUCCGAAAAAUCUUCAAAUAUCAUGGGGACUUGGAUCAUCAAAAUGGAACGUUCUCGGUUGUUGUGAUCGUCUAGAAUAUGCCACUUGUAGAAGUCGUCUCUUUCUGAAUUUUCCAGGACGUUCUGAAUAUGAAAAAAAAGCCAAGAAAGAGAUGAAUUUAGAGAAGCAAACGACUUGCACGACAAGAACCGUCUAAGUAGUAGAACAGAGUACUAUACACAAGAACUACUAUACAAGAUGACGACGGCGCACCGGCCGACGUUUACGUCCCGGUUGGGGGGCGAGAAUGCGGUGAGUGGGAAUCUGAUGGUGGCCCGCACGACCAAGCAGUCGCGACGGGACCACGUGCAGGAGCUGACCAUGAAGACGCGGACGGUCGAACCCAAAACCCGGGCGGAGAUGAUUGAGGAGAUGGAGGAAAGGGAGCAAAACCAGGACGGAGCCUCGUCGUUACACGACCUGAAAUCCCGAACGGGAAAAUCCUCGACCUCCGACGCGGGGGGCGGAACAUCAAGCAGGAUAAAAAAGUCCGGAAUAGGUGGAGUCGGGGGCAUAGGAACUACAGCUGCGUCUUCGAAAUCUGUGAUUCAAAGCAACGACGGGUUUAAGCAAUUACCAGUAAUAGAGGGUGACAACCCCUUCCCGGAAGACGCCGAUGCCGAUUUCGACAGCCAGAGUGAGGACGAGAAGCCCAGGAAGGCGGGAAAGGGAGGGAAGGAUAGCGAGGAUGAGGACGGUGACAGCGACAGCGACUCGUAUUGCGUUUGUUUUUUUGUCCGUGUUUCAUCUGGCUCUGAAGUACUUCUUAUUUUCACUGAAAACAGGACCAAGACCAACAUGAUGACAGCCUAAAUUUUUCAUCACUUUGAUCUGAAAGACAUUGUGUGGAAAAACAUUUACUCGCGCUUGGACUGAAACAAAAAAAAAAACCCUUUGUAUCGUCUGUUAUAAAUACAAAAGCCUCAUUUCUCAGGAUGACAGCUAAGAAACAUUUCAUCACUUUGAUCUGAAUCAUGGUGUGGAAAGAAACUUACUCGCGCUUGAACUGACGGAGAUGAAAACAUGAAAUAGAAAUUGAAAUAUUGAAUGAUGGAGACAUCGGUCUGUAUGGCCGUCUGAAAACUUUACGCAAGCACAAUCCCAAAAUCUCUGGAUGCAGCUUCAUUAUUUUCGUUGUCAUACAAUAUUUCUUUCAAAAACCAAAACAGCGACAGCGACUACGAAGAGCUGCAGCGGGAGCUUGCAAAGAUUCGGCAGGAGAAGGAAGACGCGAAGCAGAAGGAGGAGGCGGAGGAGCAGCAGAAGCAGGAGGCGGAGCGGCAGGAGAACAUCGGAAGUUCCAAUCCGUUGCUCUCCGGAGGACAGCAGGUGAACCAGUCCCUCAAGCGCUCCUGGAACGAAGACAGCAUCUUCAAAAACCAGGCCAAAACCGCACCGAAAGUGGCCAAGCGCUUCAUCAACGACAACGUGCGCAGCGACUUCCACAAACGCUUUUUGCACAAGUACAUGGCAAUGUAAGGUCGUCGUGGAUCAUACUGUGCUCGUGCUCCUCCACCUGCAGCAGCGUACAGACUGCGACUCGGAUAAUUAUCCCAAAAACAACUCCCCUGUCCUAGUGUGAAUACUUGAUGCUUCUUUCACGCCCUGAUAAUAUCUCGCCGGAAACUACCGAACAGUAUUUUUUGAAGCGGAGGAGCUGUGGCUUCUCUGGAGUGAAGCAUUCCCGCGUUGUUGACCCCUUUUCUAUAAGUAAAGUACGGAC